UGGAUAACAUUUGUCCCUAUAGAUUCUUAGCUAGUCACUGAACAAACAAAACGAAAAUGGCAGAUUCCACCGUACAAAUCGGAAUUUUAGGCUGUGCUGAAAUCGCACGGAAAGUAUCACGCGCUAUACUCCUUUCACAAACCGCUACUCUCUACGCCGUCGGCAGCCGUUCAAUCGAAAAAGCCCAAAAAUUCGCCGCCGACAAUGGUUUUCCGGCGACGGCGAAAGUGUACGGUAGCUAUGAAGAAGUUCUCGACGAUCCAAAUGUUGAUGCGGUUUAUGUGCCGUUACCGACAAGUCUUCAUAUCAAAUGGGCUGUGCUUGCUGCCCAGAAGAAGAAGCAUUUGUUGCUGGAAAAGCCUAUAGGGUUGAAUGUUGAAGAAGUGGAUGUGAUUUUGGCGGCGUGUGAAGCUAAUGGAGUGCAGUUUAUGGAUGGUACUAUGUGGAUGCAUCAUCCGAGGACGGCUAAGAUGAAAGAAUUUCUUUCGGAUGCAAAGCAAUUUGGGGAACUCAAAUCGGUACACACUUGUUUCACCUUUACUGCUGAUCAAAACUUCCUCGAAAAUGACAUUCGUGUAAAACCAGAUCUUGAUGGUCUUGGUGCUCUUGGUGACGUUGGGUGGUAUUGCAUUAGAGGAAUUUUGUGGGCUGCAGAUUACGAGCUUCCCAAAUCAGUAAUUGCUUUGCGAAACCCUGUGUUCAACAAGGCAGGAGUGAUUAUAUCAUGCGGUGCUUCUUUAUUGUGGGAAGACGGGAAGGUGGGAACUUUUCAUUGCUCUUUCCUAACCAACUUGACAAUGGAUUUAACCGCUGUUGGAACAAAAGGCACGUUACACCUUCACGACUUCAUCAUCCCUUUCGAGGAGAAGAAAGCUUCAUUUAUCUCAGCAGUUGAAUCUGGAUUCAAAGAACUCGUAACAGGAUGGGAGCCAAAACCAAGCGAGCACACGGUCACAACAGACAUUCCCCAAGAAGCUCUCAUGGUUAGGGAAUUCUGUAAGCUGGUUGGAAGUAUUAAAAAUGAAGGCGCGAAACCUGAGAAGAAAUGGCCAACUCUUAGUAGGAAGACAUCUCUGGUUCUGGAUGCUGUCAAGGCAUCGAUCGAAAAAGGUUUCGAAGCAGUGGAGAUUGUAAGUUGAUCAUCAGUUCUUCUAUAAAUUGAUGUUUAAGGUUUAAAUUGUUAAUGUAUCAAGUUUGAGCAUACUUCUAUGGCUGCAUCCAAUAAAUAAUUCAACUUCUAUUA